CGGAGCGGAGGCUCAGGCUAUUUGUUGCUGCGCCGCCACCGCCCGACCCAUGGUAUGUUCUUUUCUCGGGCUCUGUUAGCAGCAGCCGCCGCCGCCGCCGCCCUGUGAUUUCUGGCCUUAUCUCCUCCUUCUACUCUUGCUGAGCCACUUUUCCUCGUAGUGCUAUGACCGUCGUUUCUGUCCCACAGCGGGAGCCGCUUGUUCUGGGCGGCCGCCUUGCGCCCAUGGGUUUUUCCGCCCGCGGUUACUUCGGGGCCCUCCCGAUGGUUACCACUGCUCCGCCGCCUUUGCCCCGGAUCCCGGACCCACGGGGGUUGCCCCCCACUCUCUUCCUUCCUCACUUCUUAGGGGAAGAUGGUCCCUGUCUGACCCCUCAUCCUCGCGCCCCGGCACCUCUGCCCAACUGCAGCCUCGCCACGGCGGGGGGCACCCCUCGGGCAGCACCAAAGAAGCGGCGAAAGAAGAAGGUGCGGGCCAGCCCGUCGGGGCAGCUUCCCAGCCGCUUCCACCAGUACCAGCAGCACCGGCCGAGCCUGGAGGGCGGGCGGAGCCCCGCGACGGGCCACGGCGGAGCGCAGCAAGUCCCGGCCCAGGCCGCUGCCUGGGCCCCGGCUCCUGCGACCGCAGCUCGAACUGAGGAAACGAGCCCUUUCCCUGGCUCGCUGCCGCCCGCGGCGCCCGGCCAACCCUCGUUCAAUAGAGAGGUUUUAAAAUCAAAGAUGGGAAAAUCGGAGAAAAUUGCCAUUCCCCACGGCCAGCUUGUUCAUGGUAUACACUUGUGUGAACAACCAAAGAUAAACAGACAGAAAAGCAAAUAUAACUUACCACUAACCAAGAUCACCUCUGCAAAAAGAAAUGAAAAUAACUUUUGGCAGAAUUCUGUUUCAUCUGAUAUAAUUCAGAAGCAGGAAAAAAAGCCUUUUAAAAAUACUGAGAAUAUUAAAAAUAAGCAUUUGAAGAAAUCAUCAUUUCUAACUGAAGUGAGCCAAAAGGAGAAUUAUGCUGGGGCAAAGUUUAGUGACCCACCUUCUCCUAGUGUUCUUCCAAAGCCUCCUAGUCACUGGAUGGGAAGCACCAUUGAAAAUUCCAACCAAAAUAGGGAGUUGAUGGCAGUACACUUAAAAACUCUCCUAAAAGUUCAAACUUAGAUCUCAGAUUUCAGUAUGUAUGUAAAACAUAGCUUUUCCAAAAUCCCUGGACUCUUGAAAAGCAGUGGUACAGAAAUGGAAAAUUACCUUGUUGCAAUUUACAAGGGCAAAAGAUGAGUUUAAAAAAUUACAAACAGCUUGUAUUAUAUUUUAUAUUUUGUAAAUACUGUAUACCAUGUAUUAUGUGUAUAUUGUUCAUACUUGAGAGGUACAUUAUAGUUUUGUUAUGAAAGUAUGUAUUUUGCCCUGCCCAAAUGGUAGGUGUUUUGUAUAUAUACAAUGGAGAAAUUUUAAGUGUGCUAAGGCACCUGAAAGACCGAUUUAUUUGCACAAGGUACUGAGAUUUUUUUCAAGAAACAGCUGUCGAAUCUCAAGGUGAAGAUCUCAAUGUGAACAGUUUACUAAUGCACUACUGAAGUUUAAAUCUGUGGCACAAUCAUUGUAAACAUGGGGUUUGUCUAUGUUUCUCUAAAUUGAUUUCUGCCUUCUAAUCUGUAAUUACCGGAAAACUCCUAUUCCCAUUUUUACCAAACUUAAUUUCUGGGUUUUGGUUUAUAUCCAUUCAAAUUUAAAAUUUUAAUGCCAACAAAAUCGGUUGUAAUCAAAUUUUAAAAUAAUAAUAAUUUGGCCCCCCCCUUUUCAACUAGUCUUGACUCUUUGUGUGUGAUUGUUUUUUCAUGUUUGAAUGUGUAACUAGGAGAUGGAUUUUAACUUUCCAUUUUACUGGCUAAAUGUCUAUACUAAUUGUACAUCCUCCCUCUGAAAGCUGGAGAGUCCAAUAAUUUAACACUACUACCUCUAAGGGGAGGAAUUCCCCAUCUCAUGAAUGGAAAUGGUUGUGGGCAAAAGUAAAGCUGAUUAGCUUAUAGCUUAGAAUAUGCGUUUAUUUUUUGAGCUGUUUCAUAAAACACCAUUUGACUUACCACAUAUUUACAAUGAAAGAAAACGGCACUUGUUUGAUUUGCAAAAUUUAUACUGAUACUGAAUGGGAUACUUGAAUCAAAGCAAAUAUAAUUGAUGUUAAAAUAUUAGGUGGAGACUUUGGAAUCUCAGGCUUGCUUUAAGUUAUGGCAGCAUAUGUAUUUUUACUUUAAAAUUCAAACUUCUACUCAGUAGUGUAUCUAUAAAGUCUAUUCCAGUAAGAAAUUCUAGAACACAAUUUUCCGCACAUAGUUUUUCAUUAUGUUAUACAAGGCCAAAGUUUAUGCCAAAUGAUACAAAGGAAAAAGUAAUUGGUCAGUAUUUAGACAUGUGAAAAAGUAAAGGUGUUCAGAGGCUAUAUGUGAUCCUAUAAGGUAGUAUAGAUGAGAAAGGUGCCACCAUCCUGAGGAAGAAAUAAAUGAACCUUAAGUCUCAACUUCUUGUAUCAUUUUGGUUCACACAAGAAGGGAGGACACUUACCUAACCUUAACUUAGAAUCACUAUUGACUUAAUAAGCAAUGCCAGGAUGGCAUGAUGACUUGUUAUAGCCACCUCAAAAUCAGAGAAUUUCUAAUAGAUGUGGUCACUAUACAGCUUGUCAACACCCCAACCAACCAUUUUUCUUGGCAUUGACUGUAACAUCCUUUGUUCUUAAAUGAAUUUAGAGAAAGUUAACUUCAUUUACAUAUAGGUAUAUGUAGAUGGAUUUUAAAAAAGCACUUAGAGAAACUUAAGAUACAAGUGCACUUUCGACCUUAUAGAAGAUAAGACUUUUUUUUAGCUAAGAGAAGUGUUAACACACUGGUAAAGAGGAUGGUUAAAUUUUUUAAAGGAUGAUGUAAGGAAAUAGGUUGUAUUAUAAAGUAACAGAUUUUAUAGUUUGAAGAGUGGGUGAAAUAGACUACAGAUAUAUUUAGUGAGAAGGUGUUAAAUUUAAAAGUUGAAUAGUUUUGGUGUUAAAGUAAAACAUUUAGCAGCAUGUCUUAGUCCCUCUGGGCUGCUAUAACAAAAUACUAGACACUAAGUAGCUUAUAAACAAAUUUCUUUCUCAGUUCUGUAGGCUGGGAAGUCCAAGAUCAAGGCAUCAGUGGAUUUGGUGUCUAGUGAGAUCCCAGUUUUAAACGUUCAUAGAUGGUGUCCUUUUGCUGUGUAUGCACUUGGCAGAAGGGGUGAGGGAGCUUUCUGGGGCUCCUUUUAUAAGGGCACAAAUCCCAUUCAUGAGGGUUCCUGCUCUCAUGUCCUAAUCACUUCCCCAAGUCUCUACCUCCUGUAUGUUACCUCGGGGGUUGGGUUUCAACAUAGGAAUUCAGAUCAUACUGCAGCCCAAUUAUUCAGCCAUUAUUCUUCUCCUAUUGAAGUGUCUUGAAACAUCUCCUACAAUGCUCCUGUAAUUUGUGUUUUGUGGGUGUAUAGAGCACACUUGGUGUUUGCAGUUACCAGCUCCAGGCCUAAACUUUAACUAAUGGUCUGAUUAAAAAAUUACCAUUGCAAAGGGGUAAAAGGUUUGUAACUGUAGUAUGUGAGCGGAAAAAAUUGUUCCAUGCAGUGGCACUUCCCUAUAAAACAGAUACCAGUAUGUGGUUUAGUAUUUUGUACUGAAGUUGCUUUUAGGUGAAUUUGUACAAUUUGAUACUGAGUUUAUUCAGCUCAUACCACUGACGUAGUGAGACUAUAGAAAGCUGCUUUUAUUUGCAUUAAUCUUGGUGCUAAGUAAUUAGUGUCCUUGUUAGGAAGAUAAAGGGAAAAGAAGGCAAUAAAAGACCAAAUUACAAUAUUAACAGAUUGACAGGAGCCAUUCUUUUCAAACUUAAAGGUGGUUUGUAAGUUAAAAUACAAAUUUUAGGGUGGUUUAUAAAUUUAAAGACUAGAAUGUGUUAGGCAAGUAAUCUACAUUUUAUCAGGACAAGCAUUUAGGUUUUUAGGCAGUACUAUGUAAUUACCCCUUUCCUUCACAGAUUUUAAUACAAAGCUAGUAUGAAUGUGGGACUUGAAUGGGAUCCAGUCAUGCUACACUUGGGGAAAACCAUUUGCAUUUCUUUUGCGUAGUACAUGAUUUUAAACUAGCUCAAAACUCCCACAGUAUUUGCUUUUGUCUUUAUCUGUCUUCUUUAAAAGCCCUGACUCAACUUUCGGUGUUGGGAAGGAACAAAACCCAGGCCCCAGGUGCAUGCUUCUGCCCCUCAGCACUAGGGCCCAGGAUGGACCUGGGAAGGAGGGCAUGGUGGGCACCCGCCCAAGCCAAAGAAGUUAGGAUUAUGAGGAGCUGUGGGGGUGGUGGAUAAGCUAGACUCCUCCAAGGCCUUGUCCCUCACCUCCCAGCAUGUCCUCAAGUAAAAGCAUUUCGAUGUCUGGGGAAGGUUAGGGCUGUCUUAGCUCAAAGCCACCGACCUCUGCCCUAUUCCUGGUUUCUUCCAGAAACGGUGCUUGGGGAGAGAACCAUAAUUAUUAAAUGGUUUGAGAUUACCAAAAAACGCAGGGCAUGUGUUUGUGUGUGGGAGACUGGUUUUGUGAUUAAGGACUUCAAGAGGUAGUAUAAAGAAAGGCAGCUAAAUUUUGAGUGGGGAUAUUAAGCAAUCAGUUAUAGAAAAGAAGGGAAAGGGUUUGAGGAUGCAAAGGAACUUUUAUUUGAUACUGGCAUUUUGUAUGAGUCUUCAUUCCGGCUCACGUAAAUGCAAGUAUCUUCCUUACAAAUAGAUGGGAAAUCUCAUUUUAGGAGUUAAGGCCAUAGUUCAAAAUUCCCCAGUUGGUAGUCACCAAUUUUACCUUUCUUUAAAAAAAUAAAUUUUAUUUUUUUGCUGUGUUGGGUCUUCGUUGCUGCACGCGGGCUUUCUCUAGUUGUGAGUGGAGGCUACUCUUCGUCGCGGUGCACGGGCUUCUCAUUGCAGUGGCUUCUCUUGUUGCGGAGCACGAGCUCUAGGCACGUGGGCUUCAGUAGUUGUGGCAUGCGGGCUCAGUAGUUGUGACUCACAGGCUUUAGAGCGCAGGCUCCAUAGUUGUGGGGCACGGGCUUAGUUGCUCCGUGGCAUGUGGGAUCUUCCCGGACCAGGGCUCAAACCCGUGUCCCCUGCAUUGGCAGGCGGAUUCUUAACCACUGCGCCACCAGGGAAGCCCAAUUUUAGCUUUUUUAAAUAACGUGUUGUAAACAUUACUAAUGGGUUGGCCUAGGUGAGUUCUGACAUCUCCCAAAUCAGUCUUAUGACUCCAGCAAACGGCUCAUUUAUGCACAUGUUUGAUAACACAUUUCUGCAUAUUAUAAAAAUCCUAACAAUGAAACUAAUAUAGAGUCCCUGUCUUGGAUAAAACUGCCUCAACCACCCCUCCCCUCCUUGUUUGAAAUAUGUUCUUUCGUGUCAUUUUUGAGUAGCAUGUCUACAAUUUAGUGUGGCGGGGGAUUAAGUGUGAAGUAUGUUCAGGAGAUGGUUGACCCUUGAACAACACAGGUUCAAACUGAGCAGGUCCGCUUACACACAGAUUUUUUAAAAAUAGUAAAUACUACACUACUACAUGAUCCACAGUUGGUUGAAUCCGAGGAUGUGGAACCUUGGAUAUGGAGGAAUCAGGGACAUAGAGGUCAGACUAUAAUUUAUAUGCAUAUUUUCAACCGCAAGGGGUUGGUGCACACCCAACCCCUGAGUUGUUCAGGGGUCAGCUGUACAAGGAUAAUUGGCAGAGCUAAAAGCAGUGUAGGUGGGUGAGGAAGAAAUGAUGGCCAUAAUUGAAAUACAAGCUUACCCUACAAGAAACGUUUUUAGAGGAGGUAAAAACAAAAGUCAAGUCAUUGUCUCUUGCAGCAGGUGGUGACUAUUGCUGGUGAGUAGGGAUUGUCUAGUUGGGAAUCGGGACAUCUAUUAGAAGUAGCAUUGAGUGGGGCCUUAAAAUAUUCAGUUGUAUCUGCCAUGCAAAGAAGAGUUGAAUAUAUUGUCAGAGAUAAAAGUUUUAGCAGUGUUAUGAAAAGAUGUGGAAUACCCAGUAGCUUAAGAGAAGUGCAGGGAAGGAAGAUUCACUGUCUUGAAUGGUGUAUUGGGGUAGUAACAUGAAGGGCUUUGAAUGUCAUGCUGAAGAGUUUCAACUUUAUUCUAUAAGCAUGGCAGAGUCACCAAAGGCUUAUGAGCAAGGUAAUGAGAUUUCUGCUUCAAAAAGAAAACUGGUGAAAAUACAGAGAACAGUUUGGAAAGGGAAAGCUUGAGACAUGAAAGCCACUUGAUAUUUCAGUGGUUUAAAAAAGAGCCUUAAAGGAUAUUAUCAGAGGGUAUACAGGGGCAUGGCCUUACUUGGGAGAUACUUUGGAGGUAGAAUUCAGAAUUCAGCAACUGAAUGAAGGGUAAGAAAAGAAUUUUUAAAUUGAGCAAUCAGGAAUUUAAAACCAGCAAUUAGGGAACUCUGGAGGGGGUUGAAAUUAUAGAGGAAGGUAAUUUUGAUUUGCAUGUUGAACUUCGAGAUGCAUGUAGGAUAUCCACGUGGAAACACACAGCAAGUAGAAGAUAGGUCAGGCUGAGAGGUACAGCUUUGGUAAUAGUGCACAGAAGCACUAAUUACAACAUGAAUAUGGAACUGAAAUAUUUUGUCUUCCUAUAUUCUUUUUUCCCUCACUGGGUUUAACACCUUUACCAGUACUCUUGACCUCAUCUUUUCUGCCUCCUGUGGACUCUCAACUUCAUCUAUGAUAGUAAAUUAGUUGCUGAACUGAAAGUAUUUCCUCUGAAAGUGUUAAAUGGUGGUUAGUUAUUACUGACCUGUAAAAGUCUAUGUUAGUGGACGGUUCUAAUGUUAAGUUCUGGAUUCAGACAGCAGGGGCCCAGCUGCUGAAGAGGAACAAAGUUUCCUUCCCUUAGUCCAAGUUUUGAUGCUGGGUGAAACUGAUCUUUUAACAUUCUAUAUCUUUUUGUAAAUCUCCCCCCUUCUAAUGACCAUCCCAUCAUACUGCUGAAUAAUUAUCCUUUAUUUAGAGAAUGGAAGGCCCCCAAAUCCCAUGCACUCUAUGCAGUUGAUACCUGCUUCACGUUGAGGGAAUCAAACAUAUGUACUUAUACUUGGGUAUGAAAGGCUGAGAGUCUCAUUAUCUUCCUCUAUAUACUUAAAACUUUGAAGGACAUUGCAGAAUGAAAACACUUAAAAAUCACAAGCCUGCUCUUUCAGCCCUGAGCUAUCCAUAAAUCUUUCAAAGACUGCCAAAUACAAGUCUCCAAAUGGGAAAGAGUGUGUCUGUGCUGAGAUGAGAUGGUGUAGGAAGCAGGAUUGUUGUAGGCACAAAUCGUGUAGUUCAGGAGCUACUUGUUUUUGUAUCUGAAAGGAAAUUUGAGAGUACAUUUUAUACAGUGCUAUUUAUAAAAGCUCAUAAAAAUUAACCUUUGAAAGAGACUUUCUUGAAAAUUUUAGAUAGGAUUCUCUGAAGCUGUGGGGUGGAUAAAGUUCUAAGAAUAGGGAUGAUCUAUUUUAUGGUUGAACUAAACCCUUUUUCUUUAUAUCUCUUGGAUUAGAUUGUCUUGAAUUAAUCUGACAGUUUUCGGAUUAAGUUACUUUUCAUAUCCUUUGCAAUUCUCUUGGAGUUCUAAGUUAAAUAUGCUAAAAUGUAUGAGUAAUAUUCCUAACACCCAGGAAUUGUAUUUGCCAAACUUAAACUUGUGAAUUACAAUUUAAGACUUAUAGAAGGUGUUACAUUUACUGUGGGUUCACUGUCAAGAUCUCAGAAUUCAUUUUCUAAAGCAGAGUUUAGAGUAAUGUUUCCUUAGUGUAGAACUGGUGACACAAAUUUAAAGUUCCCUCUGUUAGAGGAAUAGUUUAUCAUAGAUGAUGUGGCAUUAAUUACGGUCUCUGAAUUAAGUAAUGGUAGGAAGGGGAAAAACGGGAGAAUUGGCAGAAAGCAGUCUACAUGGAUAAUCAUGGAAAAUCAGAUGCACAUUUGUCAAAGGAGGCUACAGGUUCUAUUCAAGCUCUAUUUAAUUAGGAGAGAUCAUAUAUCUUGAAUGUAUAAUAGCUUAAAAGACAAAAUGACAUUCUUAAGCAAUAACGUUGAAAACUUCAUUUCUCUAGUCAUUCAUACGAUAACUUUUAUGCAUGUGUAAGAAAGGAUCCAGGAAAGUUAAGUAAUUUUUCCCAGUCUACUACAUAAAGUGGCAGGAAAAUGUGGUAUUUUAUAUAUGAUUGUAAAGAUAAUAGAUACUAAUCAGACUCCUCCAAAACUGGUCAUAUAUAUAUAGCUACUCCUAAAUUAUUACAGAUAGUUCCAUUGUUCUAAGAUUAGAGAUUAACCUGAUUAGUUGUCAAAACAGAAUUACAAAUGUGUUCUUAAGAGUCUAGAAUCUUGAAGAGGGGAUGGCAAGUAGAAGACAUUUUGAUGACUUUUAUUUCCAACAUGGAAAUGUUUGAUUUAACUGAACUCAAAACUGCCUUCUAACAGUUAAGAUCUUUAAAAAGGAAGAUCUUUAUUAUUUCACUCUAUUUGGCAACAUGGAAUCAGAGGGCUUUGGUUCUUCCUACCAAACCCUUAGAGAGAUCUACAGUUUGGGGGAUCUUCUUGCUAUAAUAAGGGCUCUCAACCGUCCCUUCCAACGUUGAAAUUGCCCUUACUCUUUUCAACUGAUCAGACACUAAGGGCUCUCAAAUUUUAAAACAAAAGGAUUAACAUCAAAGAUUGGAUUACCCUUUUCCAUCAGCCUUCCAAGGGUCCUAGUCACUGUGCAUUCAGUCCAGUCUCCUUAACCAUUUGUGUUUCUUAGGUUACUGUAAAUCAUCUGAUGUUUGAAGCCAGACCCUGAAUUUCAAAACUAAGAAAAUAGAAUUAUGUUUACAAAAGAUAUUCAACCAAGAUUUUUGAUCACUCUUUAAUUGGAAUAGCCCACUUAUGAAUAUUCCAAUUUUCAAAAAUUUACUAUAUGUUAAAUUCAAAAUAAUUGAGGAGAAGAUUGAUGGAAAUAUAUGUGAUAAAACAAGCAUAACUUUUAACUGUAGAAUCUACGUAGUGGGUAUAUGGGUGUUCAUUUUAAGAUUACUUUCUUAUUAAAGAAUUUUACAACAAAAUGUUAACAGAAUUCGGGAAAGUUAACGCUGCUUUACUAGUUCACUCCAACAUUACACAGAAGUUGAGUAUUUGCCAAUAAUUCCAAAAGCUCACUUACAUGUAACAUUAAGCACAAAUAAGUCAAUCUUUUGAUGUAAACUUUGAAUAUCCUAAAUGUUUUUUCUUUGCUCUUUCAACUAGGCUGGUUAGUUGGUUAUAACACUUCUAAAAUAAUGGAACAAUUCUAGUCAAUGACUGAAAUACCAAAGCCAUUGUAAACAAGAACUGAAAGAUUAGAGAAAGGAUACUGUAUUUAAGCAUUGUCUUAUUUGGGAAAUGUGACAGUUGACAUUUAAUGUUAAUGUUGAAAUAAAUGUUAAAGCUUGAAGAAACUUUAAUUAGGAGAGGAUAAAGAGGUAGGUGGAGACUAUAAAGAUUCUGAAGGGCAUUUAUAAUAACUGCCCAUCGUUUGAGGGGAAAGUUGAAGAAUUAUCUAACAUGGAAUAACUUGAACUUCAAGUAGCGUAAGGAAGUGUGUCUGUCUGAGAUUCCCAAAGAAGAAAGGGGAUGGCCGAAGGGCUGGUGAGCACUGAGUGACCAGGAGGUAGAAGGGCAAAGCAGGGUGCAACUCUUAACACUUGGUUGGCGCCUACUCUUUAAAGCCUUUAAUGUUGAAUUAAUAUCAGUGGAGUUAAUGGAAAGUUAAAAGCAUUUAAAAUUAUUCCUUAAGUGUAGUUCCACUUUCCAUGAUAGAUAUUCAUGUAAAAACACCACCUUCUAGUCAAGGUAGAUAAAAGGUGGACAAAAGUGCAGUCACCAAAACCUCUUACAGUAUCAGUUAUAUCUGACUACGGACAGGCAGCUAAGAGCACCUCAUACAAGUGCUUUUCAUGUAUAUUUUAUUUUUUAAUAGAUCUUUGACUAUAAUUGCUUCACAGUACUGUGUUAGUUUCUGUUGUACACCGAAGUGAAUCAGCCAUAUGCAUACAUAUGUCCCCAUAUGCCCUCCCUCUUGCGUCUCCCUCCCACCCUCCCUAUCCCACCCCUCUAGGGCAUCGCAAAGCACCGAGAUGAUCUCCCUGUGCUGUGCGGCUGCUUCCCACUAGCUAUCUGUUUUACACUUGGUAGUGUAUACAUGUCAAUGCUACUCUCACUUCGCCCCAGCUUCCCACUCCCACCCCGUGUCCUCAAGUCCAUUCUCCAUGUCUACAUCUUUAUUCCUGCCCUGCAACUAGGUUCAUCAGUACCAUUUUUUUUUGAUUCCAUAUAUAUGCGUUAGAAUACAGUAUUUUUCUUUCUGAUAUACUUCACUCUGUAUGACAGACUCUAUGACACCUCACUACAAAUAAAUUUUAGAAAAUUUUUUAUCCAUGUUUUUAAGUGGUAUUUUUAAAAAAAUCCCACAUAGAUUAUAUGGCAAGAGUAGGGAAUUAUAAAGUAUAAAAUAACACCAAAAAUGGUUAGACUUUGUAUACACAUUAAAAAUUAUAAUGAAUAUUCUAACAAAACUAGAGCAUUAGUUUUGCUAAUUCAGUUACAUUUAACAUUUUAAGGCCCAAAUCUUAAGGUUUACCGACAAUGUGAAUGUUAAUGCUUUUCCUUAAGGUUCUUAUGAAAUUAUAUAAAUAUUUUACGUGUUAAAAUAAAUUUAAGUAACAUUCCAUCUCAUUUUUAAAAUAUAAGAAUGCCCUGAAGAGUCAGACCAGUUAUACAGCUUAUGUCGAUUUUGAAAAAAGGUCUUCAACAGAGUACUUUUUCUCAAGGUGUAAAGUAGUAUUCCCACGAAGCAGACACCACCUCACAAAUGUCAUAGGAAUGGCUCUUAACUUCCCCCACAAAGAAAUCCACUGAAUUUUUCUUAGUAUUGAAAAAAAAAAAAAAAAGGCUAUCACUUGAGCCUGGAAGACUAUUUUAUAUUGAGAUUUUUGUUGAAAUUAGUCAAUUUAACAGCAUUUUAAGUCUAUACUAUAAGGAGUAAGCCAAGAAAACUAGAAUGUGGUUUUCCUCAAUUUCUAUGGACACAUUUCUAAAAAGCAUAUAGUUCUUAGGCAUUUAGUUCACAGAAUUAUACUCCUAAAUUAGAAAAGUGGUAAUUUUGCUUCUUGUUUCAAUUACACUUUUUCUGAGAAACUGCUCAUCCUACACAAGCUGCAAUACAUAAGAUCAAACAGUAAUAAACAUGCAAUCAAUCCAUUUCUAGCACAAAGCACUGAUUACUGGCUAGAUAGUCUCAUCUGGAGAGACUGACCCUUUAAAUUUUCUGUCUGCAUUCUGAAAGAACCUGAAACCUGACAUACCCUAAGAUAUUCCUGAUUUUAAUUUGUAACGUUACUAGUUCAUAAACUUACAGGUAGGUUGAAUAUGGUGUUCUGAAACAUGUGAACCAAACAUAUGCUUUAAAUCACAUAAUACAUUUAAAAAACAGUAACCAUUAACCCACUGAGCAUCCAUCUAUCUCCACAAGUUGAUACUAUUUCUUUUCAUAAAUUCAAAAUUGUGGUACAUUCCUAGAACAUAAGAUUCAAGAAAGACUAAUCAUAUAACCCUUUCCCCCAAAUAAAAUAAAAACAUUAUACCUUUUUUUUGGAAAAUAUUACUGAUGUGGUAUAGUAUGCUAUGUAUAUUUUUAAAUUCAGUCUUUCCUCACAUGAUUCCUUUAAAUAAAAAAUGGUAUUUGUCAUUAUUGUGAAGUACUGUUUUAACUUGAAUGAAGUUCAAUCAACCUGGCAUAUCUAACACUUCUAUAAGGGAAUAUUAUAUUUCUAAAUAGGUUUUUGACUAUAGUAUCUCUACACUUAAUUUGCUUCUUUUCAAAAGAUGUACCCAAUUUAAUUCUAUAAUCACAGUCAAUCGAUCAAUUACAGUCCAUUCACCUUCUCUGUGGGCUGUCCCAGCUCUAUUGUGUUCCUGGGAUGGGAUCAGUGCAUUAGGGGCAUUCUCUAAGCAGUGGGGGCCAGGCCCUAGCCCAGUCAGGAAUGAAGUGCUUACUCCCCCAAGGCUGUCUGUGUGAGGCAAUGGGGCCUUGUCUGGGAUGCACAAAGCUGUGGUUAAUUUGCUUAAUUUUAAGAGCAUCUUUUUAAAGGUACAUGAUAUAAAAUUUCCAGAGGGCCUAAACUGACAUGGUUCGAUCAAUGCCAGAGCUAAUGUUAUGAUCCUAAAUACCCUAGUUUCAUCAAGGGAGUAAUUUAGAUGCUAAGUUCAUAAUCUUCAUUUAAUACUUAAAUUUUUCUAAUCAAAUAUAUGAGUUUUGAGAGUAAUAUCCGUAUGUCUCACUGAACCACUGGUCCUUAAAAUACCAAGAGUCACGGACUUGUUUGAAUAUCUAGAGGACCUAGAUCUGAAGCUUCGGUUUCAUGAUACCAGAUUAAGAUCUCCUGCGUAAGUAGCAUGUAUUUAUUUAUACAGAUACCCCAAAUAUUCUACCAUCCUGUCUGGAAAACAAAUUUAAUUUUUAACUCUAAAUAAGAAAUUACAAUUUUAAUGUAGUAUAGAAGAAUUAUAAAAGUAUUUCUAAACGCUUCUUCCUUUAAACUUCGACUAAUUUUGCUUCAUGCAAUGGAAUUGGAAUAAAAGCAGAAAUUCUUAUUUAUUUGUAAUACAACAUCAUGUCUUAGAAUAGUCGUUAUCUCAGAUAACAUAUAAAGUCCUGAAAUUAGUUAAUAUUUUACAUUUAAAAAUAAACAGCCCAGAGGCACAAGAUUAAACCGCAGACUACAGAUAAAAAAUUUGGCAUAUUCCCCCAUUACGUUUGCAGCUACAAAAUACCAGCUGCUACACAGAAAUGUGAAUUAUUCAUGGGGAGAAAGAAACCAAGCAGUCAUGGUGGCCACCUUUAUCUUCUUUGACAUUAACUUAUCCUCUAUGAAUCUUGAACAAAUGGAGGUAGGCAGUGCCCCUACACCAAACAUAGGAAGUACCUGAGUAAAUAUAUUAUCUUUACAGGAAAUGAUCACAGAUGUGUGAUACAUUUGCUUUAUUUAACAAUCUUACUCUAAGUAUCCUCUCUUAAAAGGUCCAAGAAACAAUUCUACAGCAGAAGUGAACCCUAGAAUAGAUGUACCCAGAGGACAAUUUUCCAGGGUAUCAGCACAACUGCCAAUCAAUUUCCACUCAGUCACAGAACCCAUUUUCACUGAACCCUAUAAUCAUUUCCUUUCCAAAUUCUAUUCUCUCCUUUUCCUCUCAAUAUUAUCUUAGUUUAGCAUAUAUUUCCCAAAGACUUUUUUCUUCCAAAAAGACAAGCAUGGUGAUCAGGGAGGGCUGUAUGGAGCCCAGCCACCACCCAGCUCCAAAGUGUAAUGGUUGUGUGACCUUGUGCAUGUCAUUUAACCUCUCUGCGUCUCACUUACCUUAUCUGCAGUGGUACUGACCUCAUAAAGCUGUUGUGAUGAGCGAGUAAUGUAAAACUUACAGAGCAGUGCCAAGCACAUAGUAAAUGAUCAGAAAGUUUAAACUAUUAUCAUUCCAGUUUUUCCAUCAAACCAAACAGUACCCUCCCUAAGCAGCCCAGGGAUUACAGUGGAAAACCAAAUCAGAGAUAAAUCGAAGGAUUAAGCAUGUUCAGAAACACUGCCUUAUUAACUUUUUACUAAGAUAUAAUGAUUAAAUGUAAAGACACUAUAAUCAACUCCUAAUUAGUAUUUGGAAUAACUACAUAUAUGUGUAUGUAAACCCAAACAUUUACUUAGAAGAUACAAAAAAAUCAGUAUUUGUCUUGCUCUUUCUUCAGACUGUUCUCUCAAUUUUCAAUACUGCCACAUAAUUUUAUAACUAAAGUUUUAUUACAUUUGAACACUUCAAAGAGCUAUAAUUUUGAAAUAAAUUUUGCUAUGAUUAGAGAAAAUCUACUCAUAAAGUACAAUAUACAUGAAUUUACGGUACCUGUCCAAAUAUUACCAGCAUAUAAAUUAUUUUGUAAAGUUAUUUCUUACACACAGGAUGUAAAAUGCAAAAAAAAGAUGGAAUUUGUAUUCAGAACAAAUGGAAGCAAUAUUGGCUCCUAUAUGCUAAAAAUAUAAGACAUAUUUUUUUUCUAAAGCACUCUAGAUACAAAUAUUAACUGUAUGGGCUGAGAACUUUUAAUUUCAAUGUAAUUCAACAAGGUACACAAGUAGAGCUCUAUAAAUAUAUCCCCUAUAAUAACCAUAUGCAAAACCAUUUUAUCACAAAUACUACCAAAACCCUCUGAAAAACAUAAUCUACAAACACAUUUUUAAAGAAAUUCUUAGUUUUAACAACUACAAAAGCAAUGAAUAUCAAUAAAGCUAUUUGGCUUAAAAAAAUGAAGGGCAGUGUAAUGUAAAUCCCAAUACUGCAAAGUUGUUUUUUGAGGAGGCAGUCUUGAGUUUCUUAAUACAAGGUACUAAACAUUUCCAAAAAUAAAUAAGAGUUAUUCUAUACAGUUUAAAGUCAUCAGCUAGAGCUCUAAAAAGAAAAAUUAAGCAGUAGAUGAAAAGUAGGUAUGCAGAAUUAACAGUAUAAAGUAUGAUUUUUAUACAAAAUGUACCACUCUUCAAAUGUGUAAGGCUUGAUAUGAAUUUUUGGACUAUGAGUGUUGCACAUCAUUUUUCGUCUUAAACCAUUCAAAAUUCAGAAUUUUUAUAACGUUUUGAUAUUUCUGAAGUGAAUAAAUAUGGUAUAGAAUGCAAUUUAAUGUCAACUUAUCUAUACUGUUCCACCCAGUAAAAAUAAAACCUUUUUUGAGCUCAGGAAAGAAUGUAUCUUUUGAACGCUUGAUCUCUCUAUAAACUCUACUUUUAGAAAUGUCAGAAUUUUGUAAUAUGAACUAAUAUCCAUCAGGAAUUGGCCCAAGUUUAAAGAGAAAACAAAAAGGAGACGUAAGAUGUCAAAUAGUCUUAAGUUUGCCCUAUGCGAUUAUACAGUCAUAAUUACUUUUUACAUGAAAGAAAAGUGCUUUAAAGUAAAAAAUACUUUCGUAAAAGUUAUUAGUAUUAUUCUUAACAUCCAAGUCUAAUUUUCCAAAUUAGUUCCAUUUCCUUUGAAAAGUACCCUUCUGCCACAAUGUAAACAAAAAAUGGUCCAUAAAAUGGGACAUUACUCACAUCAUAAUUUGUGGUAUGGGCCCUUAAAUCGAGACCAAAUCUUAACCCAAGAUAGAGAGAUUUUAUCUCUUGCACAUGCCCAAAAUAACUAAUAUCAACUCACUUUUUCUGUAAGCCUUGAAGAAUUUUUAUUUAACAUAACGAGAGGUUUAAUAACAUAUUAAAUACUACGUAGCACUCUUCUGUCGCUGUUCACCAACUGUUUUUAUGACGGUAACUCCGAGAUCUGGAAUGCGAUCGAAAAUGAGAGUGUUUUGCUGUUUGUGCUUUAGUUUCAGAAUUGGUAUACCCUUUGGGAGAUUUACAUGGGGAUCUUGCUAUGGAGUCAGAAUGUCUUCCAUGUGAUCUUGAUUUUGUUCCUGAGCUAGUCUGCUUUUGAGGUGAGCUUGAUUGUGAUUUUCCUAUCGACUUGGACCUUUUUUGCAAGGACUUGGACCGUGACCGUCCUCUAGAACCAGAAUUCCUUCUUGGGGUUCUUGACUGCCUUGCUGAGGUAGAUCGCCUUGGUAGUGAUUUGGAGCGAGAUUUAGACUGGCUGUAAGAAAAUCGCCUGUGUCGGGACCUGCAAACAUCCAUAAUAUCAGAGUAUAUAUUUCACACAAAAAUACAUAAUAGGUUAGGAAACAACACUUUCAGGAACUUAUAUACUUUAUAUAACAUUAGUUAUGUUUUUAUUGGAUAAGCUAAAAGAAACUCUAAUUUUAUCAUGCAUGCUUCUGGUUCAAACAUAAGUACAAGUUUGUAAUAUCUGACCAAAAGAUUUUGACUUUGCUAGAUAUCAAUGUAUCUUAUGAAAAAUAUAUUUAUUUUGCAUAUUUAGUCUGGGUUACAUAAUCCUAAGAGGUUAGAAAAUCUGAAGGGGAAAAAAAGAAAGAAAGAAAAUAUUUAAAGCUUAUCAAAUGUUUAUAAAGACAUAAACCUAGAUGGAGGACUUCUGAAUCUUGCCAUGACAGAGCAGCUUGUUCUAGACUAAUCUUCCCAUAGAAAAGAGCUAUAUAAAAAAGAUAGACAACAUUUAUAAAACAACUGUUAAAAGGCACUGGAGAAUUACCAACACAAGCAGAACUCGAGGGGUUAUAAGCCAUGGCUCUUUUCCUAAGACCAUUUUCCAAAUGCCAGCAUGGCAGACUUGAGCCCAACUAGAAAACAGCUAUUGGACUAAGCUGCAGAGACAGAAGUUAGAAUUCAGGGCCACGAAAAUGGCUAGGACUGGAGACACGAAAAUCCCAGAGGUGAGGACACUGCAGGCAACCCCCAUCCCCUAAGAUCUGCCUACAAGUUCUCCUCAGGUCGCUGGCCAUCUUCCAAGUUGCACAUGCACAGGAUGAGACUCUAAGAGGUCAGCAGAAAACAGCAGCUGGAAGAUUUAAGAACUUAGCUGAGCAAGAGGGAGGGGAUAUGGGGCUAUAUGUAUAGCUGAUUCACUUUGUUAUAAAGCAGAAACACACCACUGUAAAGCAAUUAUACUCCAAUAAAGAUGUUAAAAAAAAAAAAGAACUUAGCUGAAAUUUUCUCAGAUACAGAGUUGCUGUUGAGAGGGCUGGAAUUCAAGCCCCCCAAAAGGUCAAGGAGCCUUGAGUGACAACGCAGGCUUUCAAUUAAGAAGUCAGAAGGGCCUCAUCCUCCAGGUUAAGGGUCAUGCCCUAGGAGUAAGUGUAAAGCUGAAAUGGAUCAGCCUUAACAGUGCCUCAAACCAAGCCUUGACAGGAUCAAGGUGAUCUGCCAAUGCUCUGCCUGCUAGAAGAAAACAGCUUUCUUUGGAGAAUCAUAUCAUCCAAAACCUCUAUAAUCUUUCAACAGUAAUGUCCAACAUCCAAUAAAAAAUUAUGAGGUAGGGCUUCCCUGGUGGCGCAGUGGUUGAGAGUCUGCCUGCCGAUGCAGGGGACACUGGUUCGUGCCCCGGUCCGGGAGGAUCCCACAUGCCGCGGAGCGGCUGGGCCCGUGAGCCAUGGCCGCUGAGCCUGCACGAACGGAGCGUGUACAACGGGAGAGGCCACAACAGUGAAAGGGGCCCGCGUACCACAAAAAAAAUAAAUAAAUAAAUUAUGAGGUAUGUGAAAAACAGAAAAAAAUGACUAAAAGCUAAGGAAAAUAAAACGAAAGAGACCCAAAAUAAUUUGGAUAUUGGCAUUAUUCAGAAAAUAAUUUUUUAAAUUACUAUGAUUAAUAUGUUCAAGAAAAUAAGGGAAUUCCCUGGCAUUCCAGUGGUUAGUACCCUGAGCUUCCACUUCAGGGGGCCCAGGUUUGAUCCCUGGUCAAGGAACUAAGAUCCCACAAGCCACGUGGCACAGCCCAAAAAAUACAAAAAAAAAGAAAAGAAGAGGAAAAGACAAAGAAAUAAAAAAGAUGGGGAAUUUAAACAAUACUGGAAUCUAUAAAAAGAAUCAAAUGGACAUUUUAGAACCAACAACAUGAUAUUCGAACUUAAAAAAGUCAUUAGAUGGAUUUAAUAGCAGUCUAGAUACAGCAGAAGUAAGAAAUAGCAAACUGGUUAUUAGAAAAAUAUUAUAGUGAAACACAAUGAGAAAAGAAGUUUUAAGAAAUCCAGAACAGAGCAUAAGAGUUAUUUGGUACAUACUCAUGUGGCCUAAGGGAAAAAUUGAAUAAGGUACAAGCAAUGUUUGAAGAGAUGAUGGCCUAGAAUUUUCCAAAACUAAUGAAAGGCAUAAUAACUCACAAUUUCAAGGAACUCAGUAAACCUCAGGUAGAAUAAAUACAAAGAAACCUAUGCUGGGCAUGUCACAGUGAAAUUGCUGAAAACCAAAGUCAGAGAAAAAUCUGAAAAUCUGCUAGAGAGCAGUAGACACAUUACCUUCAAAGGAGCAACAUUAAGACUGACUAUGGAUAUCAGAACAAUGGAAUGACAUUAUUAAAGAAAGAAAAAAACUUCCCGCCAACUUAUAACACUAUCUUCAGCAAAAAUAUCUUUCAAAAAUGAAUAUAAAGAUGUUUUCAGACAAACUGAGUGAAUUCACUGCCAUUAGACUUGUACUCUAAGAAACGGUAAAAAUGCUUCAAGAUGAAGGAGAAUAAUCCCAGGUAGAAGCAUGGAACUACAGGAAGGAACAAAGAACACUGGAAAGUAUAAACAUAUUGAUGUAGAAUAUAUUUUAGAAUAAAAGCACAGUCUUUUAUUUUAUUUUAAUUUUUUUAAAAGCACAGUUUUUUAGAAAUUGUUUCAUUCCUAUUGUAGAUAGUUGCAGAAAACAAAAUGGGAAAAUUGUCCUUGGGGAAAAAAAAUUCUAACGUAAGAAAGAAAAAGGAUGCAUAUAAACACUACUACAUAUAAAAUAGAUAACCAACAAGGACCUACUGUAUAGCACAGGGAACUACACUCAAUAUUUUGUAAUAACCUGUAAGGGAAAAUAAUCUGAAAAAGAAUAUAUAUAUAUAUAAAUGAAUCACCGUGCUGUACAUCUGAAACUAACAGAACACUGUAAAUCAACUACACUUCAAUAAAACUUAAAAAAAAAAGGAUGCUAUAUUUGGACUAGGGGCCAUUUUAACAUUCUUCAGGAAUAUUUAGGAGUAUAUACACAUUCACUGACACAAAUUUAACAAAGAUUUAUGGAAUAUCUGAGUAAGGGACUACUGAUAAAUGCUAGGGAUAUUAAGCAUUAAGACAAAAGUCCUUGCUCCACAAAGAGUUCACAGUCUAAUGAUAGCAGCAAACUAGUUUUUUCCCACAUCCACUAAAGGCAAAAGCAGUGACCUCUUUUUAUCUAAGGUAAUACAACACAUACAUUGAAUAUAUUUAUAGUACAUGUUAGACUUAUCUAUAUGCUGACCCAUACACAUACACACACAUACAAUCUGAUCCUUACGAAACUUAAAAGCUGGGUAAGAUUUGCAUUCUCUAUAAUACAACUUUACAAAUAAAAAACACUGAGGUCAGAGAGGUUAAGCAACGGUCUUAUAACUAGAACAGAGCAGAACAGCAUUGUCUUACAAGAAAAUGUGUUUUUUUCUUUUUUUUUUUUU